GUCUGGGCUGCUGUGCGUGCUGGGAAAAGCUGGUGUUGAGUACAUCUGGGGAAUUCCAGGAGCCAUCCCGCGCCACGGCCGUCGCUAUUCCCUGCCCUCUCCCUGUUCCCUCCUCCUGCUGUCGUCACCCUUGGACACGUGUGAGAGACUGAAUAACAACUAAAGCUCUUUCUCGGGGCUUCACAAUCCUGGAAUGAGCGGCAGCAUCUGUGUUGCUCCGGAGGAUGCAAUAAGCAGCCGGGAGUGGGAAAUACUGCCGGUAAUCCCUCCCUGCCUGCCUUUCCUCCUGCCGACCACGGGAACAUGAAGGCUGCCUGUCUCCAGAUGCUGCUGUGGGCCCUGUGCCUGGUGACCCUGGCUGGAGGGCAACCCAGAGCACCUGUGCGGUGUGCAGAAAGUUGCAGCAAUUCUACAAAGAAGUUACCAGAGAAUCUGAUCAGGAAAUACGAGACCAAAUUCGUCUGUGGACGAAAUAUCACCAUAUUUGUUACUGUGAAGUCCAGGAGGAUUUGUGCAGAUUCAGAUGAAGGCUGGGUGAAGAAGAUCAAAGACAAACUGGACAGGAAAAGUGCCACAGUGAUGCCACCAUAUGUUGUCACCUCAGCAGAAGAGCCUGGUAGUGUUGAGAGACAUGUUGGUCUUCCAGAACUGGCUCCAUCUCAAGCCACUGCUCCAGCUAGUUUCUUCCAGGGGACUGGAACAACACCUGGGGAGAGAGUUCAUGCUCCUGCUGCCACGACAGAGGUGUCCAGCACGGCCCCAGUGGGCAGGCAGGAUCCCCCCCAGCUCCCUGCAGGAUCCAGCCCCGUGGCACAGGAAGAGGCUGUGCACCCCGAGGUCACUCCAGAAGCAAAGGGAGAGCCCUCAAAUUCUCCUGCAUCUUCAGCAACUGCAGCAGGUGUGGGCUCCAGGCAGCCCACCCCACACCCCACUGGUCAAGACACAGCUUCUCCUAACUCCAAUUCAGACCUGAUGGCUGCUGCCAGAGGAUCCAAGCAACCUGCACUUGGAUCCCUGGGCCCUACAAGAGCCAGAGCCAGCACACCAGACGCUGCUUCCAGCAGUUCUAGGUCAGACCUCCCCUCCGUCUGGGACAGUGUGAAGACCACCACAGUCACAGAGACAGCACCACAGACUACUUCAGUUUCUACUCUGAGCUCCACCACUGCCACAGACAAAGCUGCCUCUGUCCAUACCAGCAGGGUUGUUGGUCUCUCUGCAGGGACAACAGCAUUUGAUCAUUCAUUGCCUGGAGGGAAGCAAGAGCCUUCAGACACAGUAGUUUUUACUCACCAGACACUGUCGAGCCAAGUCAGAGUGCAGAUGAUCACAGUCAGGCCAAACAAUCUGCCUCUGCCCAGCUACCUGUCCAAACCUCAAAUGCACUUUGUCAUCCCAGUUUCUGCUGUGUGUGGAGUGAUGGUUGGCAGUGUUGCUCUUGUAUGGGUGUAUCUGAAAUUUGGAGUCAAACCAGAAGAAACGUCAAGAGAAAUGGUGCAGGGCUUGCUCUACCAGCAGGCAGGGCAUCAAGACAAUGUCUAUCCAAUGGAAGUAAUAUGAAUGCUUCAUGGCAUGGACAUUUCUGGCCUCAUCUGGAUGAGUGUUGCUCCAGAAAAGCUGUUCAUGCUGAAAUGGUGACCAGUAGGAAGCAAGCCUGGGAAUAAAAAUCACAGAGAAAACUGAUUUUUUGGUAGAGCAGAAUGCCCAAUAAUACAUCUACUUCAUCAUUGACCAAUCACAGUGUUCUGGACAUAAGGGAGAAAAUUCUUUUCUACUGCACUGCUCUGUACAAAGGCUGUGGCUGUUCUAUUGCUGUUGCUGGCUCUCUGCCAGCUGAUGAGAUUUUCCAAGUUGCUGUUGGGAAUUUUCCUGUGGUUCAUCGUGGCCCAGGCAAGAAGCCACUCACCCACCCACACUGCUGGACUUGGGCUCAGCCACCUUGGGCAAUCUUAGCACCAAACCCACACAAUUUGCACUCAAACUUUCUUCUGCUUCUUUCUUUGCACUUCAGGUCUCUGCCCUGCCAGACCAAGACUGGAGCUGGUGGCCAGUGGGGUGCUGGCUCUCCCUGGGCUGAUGGAAUUUACUCUCAUCAUUUUCUCUUGCUGGAGGCAUGAGGGGUAGCCCAGCUAUCCCUAGAAAUAGUUGACCAACGCUGCAUCUGAUCAGGGGACUGAAGGGCAGUGCUACAGAUCUUCUAUUCAGAGAAGCUGGCAGCCCACAGUCUGUCUCCUCCUUGAAAUCAGGCCCUUCCUUUUAGCAGCUAUGGGAAUUUCUUCUUGCAGAUGAAUUCUGAGAGCUGGUUCUUGGCCAGUCAAUGCAAUAAAUCCCUUCUGCCAGCUGAUGCACCUUGUGCCCAGCUGCAUCCAUCACCAGGGCAGGAUAAUGCUGAUGAAUCUUCACAAAUGAGAGAAAUCAAGAAGCCACCCAAUAAUUUUGCUAUUCCUGUGUUAUAAUUGGAACAUUUUUGCUCUUCUCUGCAAGCACAAAACCCAGGAAAUGUGGAGCUAAAGGCAAUUCUGGAUGUAGUCAUGAAAGAAUUACCACAGCAGACAUCCUUUUGAUCCCAUUUUCUCUCUAGAAAUAAGCACAUUUGCUGAUCCACGAAAACAAAAAAAACCAAAAAAACAAAAAAACAAAACAAAACAAAACAAAACAAAAAAAAAAAAAAAAAAAAAAAAAAAAAAAAAAAAAAAGAAAAAAAAAAGGAAAAAAAAAAAAGCACAAAAUGCCUGUUCAUGGACCUAUACUUCAGCCACAUUUCAGUUUUUCCAUUUUGGAUAGCACUGAUCACCAGGCUAUGAAAGCACUGUUACAGAACCAGGCUUUUUUAAACCCCAAAUUGAUUUUGAUUUUUACACAUCCUGACAUUGCUGUACAUAAGUCUUAUGUUUUACCUGUGGUCAAGUCCUGAAAUUCCUUAUUAAACUUUGACUCCAGGAUGAAUUCUGCUGGAGUGUGCAAAGGUCUUCAUGACAUGAAGCUUUGUAAGUAGAUACAUAUCAAGGGUCAGAUCCCAGCCGAGCUCAGGGGAUCAGAUCCCUCAGUACAAAUAUGCAUGCAGAAAAUAAAAGCAAGAUCAGCAAGAAAAAAAUCAAGAAAAUAAUAAGCAAGAUCAUCAAAAAUGAUGGGCCAGCUGUAAAGCAGAGCUUAAGGAAUGUGGCCUGUUGGAUCUGUCAGAUUGCACCUUCAGGACAUCCCUCCAGCCCUGCAGUGGCGGAGGACAGACCACAGCUGUGCUUGCUGUCUGCCAUCACCCAUCCCUCACUUCUGCAUUUUGUUGGCUUGAGGGGUUCCUCUCCUUUGCAAGUACAGGAUGCAAUCAGAUUUAUUUCAAUGAUUAAAUUGGAGUGAAAUCCCUUCUUGUGCAGCAGCUCAGCUGUGGAACUCUGGUGGGGUAAAUCUGGCUCUGCCAGUGCCACCUCCUGGUGCACCCCACCUGUGCACAGCUGGAACUCGUGAGGUGAUGUACUGUGGCAUUAUUUUUAUAUGAAACACUAGAAAUGUUAUUUUUGUAAAAAGGUUUUAUAGCUUUUUGAAUGUAUGUAAUGUCCUGUGUGAGCUGCUUGGAGUCGAGACCUUUGUGCAGCACUGGGAAACACUGUGCCUUGUCUAUUUUGUUGCUGGUCUUGGAUGGCUUGUGCAUGUCCCUGGGAGCUGGAUCACUGCCCAGGCCCUUCAGCAAGCAGGGUGGACACUUGUGUGCUGCAGGUGAAGUGCUGGUCUUGCAGCAGGCCUGGGGAGAUGGAUGUGCACCAGCCAGACCACUUGGAGUCCCACCAGUCCUUGGCAGGACGCUGCUUCCAGCCCCACCACCAGCUCCCAGCUGCUGUGAUCCCUCUGGAACUCAUCAGGAGCAGCUGCUUCUCCAGGCUGGCCCUGUCCUCCCUGCUCCCCUCUCCUGUCCCUUGGCUGUUUGCAGGCAGGGUGCUGGCACCCUCACAGGGGACAGGGGGACACUGCUGCUCCUCCCUGCAGUCUGGGAGGGAGGGAGGGAGGAUGGAGCCUGUGGGUGUCACCCAUUUCUGGGGGUUUAAAUACCACUUGCUGUAGAGCACAGUGACUGUUACAAGCUCCAGUUUGUUUGUAAAUUGAGUGUGUGCAUGAGAUAUGAGCUGUACAUUUUUAUAGAAGUAAAAGUAAUAAAGUCCUUAUGUUAAAAACUUUCA